GCGAUAAUAAAUAGUGAAAUGAUUCCAGAAAUAAACACUUGGCAAAACUUUUUCAUUAAAAUGGACAUUUCGUUUGCAGGAAAACAAGCGUUAGUGACUGGAGCUACUUCAGGAAUUGGAAAAGAAAUUACUCACAGAUUAGUUCAAUGUAAUGCAAAAGUUAUUGCAGUCGGUAAAAAUCCGGAAUUGUUGAGUGAGUAUUUCAAAACGACUAAAACCAUUUUAACAUUUUAUACGAUCCAUAAUACGUACAACAGUGCGUUCAACCCAACAAAUAGCUUGAACAUUGUACGGGUUAGAAGAAAGUUUGAUAUAAAAAUGGUAGGUACACUUCCUGAAUAUGUAAUUAAUUCUAGGCAAUUUGAUAUUAAUACAAAGUCCACAAUUAAUUUGACACGAAUGGUUGCAUCUGACCUUAUUUCUCGUAAAGUUCCCGGAGCAAUUGUGAAUGUUUCUUCUCAAGCAUCGAUGGCCGGUAUACUUGGUAAGUCUGUUUACUGUGCCAGUAAAGGCGCGGUGGACGCAUUUACCCGUGCCGCAGCCCUUGAACUUGGGCCCCACGGCAUUCGGGUCAACAGUGUUAACCCUACAAUCGUUAUGACCGCUAUGGGAAGGAAGUCAUGGUCGGAUCCUGUCAAAUCAGCUCCGAUGUUGGCUAGAAUCCCGCUAGGAAGAUUUGGGACAGUCGAAGAAGUAGCAGAUGCAGUAGUAUAUCUUCUAAGUGACAGAGCAAGUUUAAUUAAUGGAGCGUGUUUACCUGUUGAUGGGGGAUUCUUAGCAAAUUAGAAAAUCUUGGGGUAAGCACGUAUAAUCUAAGGAUAUCGAUGCCGCGUUUUCUUCCGGGUUUUUUAGGCCAUGGUACGUGGAAUCUUGUUUUUCCAAACGUUUCGCCGUUCUUUUCUGAUGGCAUCUUCAGUGGUGACUGGACAGGUGCUGAGUCAGCAAAGAACGGCGAAACGUUUGGAAAAGGAAAAGAUUCUACGGACCACGGAAGCCCGGAAGAAAACACAGCAUCGAUAUACGCCGGCCGCGAAAGCCUAACAACUACAGUAAUCUAAGGAUGCAUACCUAGUGCAGAUACACAACAAAUAAAUUGAGGUUAUGUAGUCGAGAUGCAGCUCAACAAUGCAGGUUUGCUGAGUAAUAGAUUGUCCAGUAUUAAAUUACGAGUAAAUAUGUAAAUUAUAGUGAUUUGCUUAUUAACCAAAUAAAAAAAUGUUUCAAUUUUUAA